GCACUAACUAGUAUAGUUGACAUUUUUAAAGAUAAAGUAUGGUAACGAAAGAAAAACAAAACAAAAGAAAAAUAUAUCUGAAGAUAUAAACUUUAAUGUUUAUUUCUAUUAAAGAAAAAUAGUCCGAAUAUUUAGAGAGUGCUGAAGAUAGUGAGAUAUUAUAUAUAUACUUAAAAUUUUAUGGGAUACAAUGUCCAAUGUUUAUAAAUUUCAAUAUCGUCAUCUAAAUUACAAUUUUUGUAAAGUUAUCUUCUUUUAUAUAUCAUGUACAUGCUUCUUAUAUGAAAAAAAGAGAUUGUAUAUCAUAUAGUAUAAAUCAAGUACUCAUUCUAUUCAUUAUGUAUAUCUGAGGAUUUACUACAUACUCUAUGUACUACAUUACAGUUUUCCUAGAGUACAAUUACAUACAAAACAAAUGACAUAAAUUAAAUCAGUUCAUAUCCUACUACUUACAAAAUUUAAUGUAUAUUCAAAUUUUAUGAUAUAACUUACUACUUAUCUAAUUGAUUAAAUGAUAUCUAGUGAUGGAAAAGAUUAUUAAUGAUAAUCAGCAAAUUCUCUGUAAAUAAAUUAGGGAUUAUUUCUUUUAAGGAUAAAGUAUGAUUUCAUCUUAAAAGAAAGAAACUUAAUAAAUCAUGGUUGACUUCGAAAUGAAAUACAACAUGUAUUUUUCAUUGUCCGUUUCAAUGAGGAUAUUCAUUUAUAUUUUAUUUCUGUUUGAUGGACUUAUAUCUCAAAGAACUUCUUCCUUACCUAAAUCUCCAUCCCUUUUUGUUGAUCAAUCUGGUCCAUGUACGCCUGAAGAAGAAGCAAAAAAAUCACAAUGUCUACGAGAAUUACCAGCUGAACGAUAUGAAGUACUUGAAGGUGAAACAGUUUUAAUGCGGUGUCGUGUAGCUAAUCAAAGGGGGAAAGCACAGUGGCGUGCUAGAAACUUUUUAUUAGGUUACAAAAGAAAUAUUCCAGAUUGGCCAAGAUAUUCGUUACAAGGCGAUUCAGGUCAAGGUGUACAUGAUUUACUAAUUCAAAAUGUUAGUCGUGAAGAUGCUGGAGUGUAUGAAUGUCAAGUUUCACCUGUUGCUGGACAAAAUCCACUUCGACGUCAAACCCUAUUAGUUAUAUUAGUGAAACCAAAAAUACCAAAUAUUGUGACUUUACCGGGUGUACCACAACCAUCGGCCAAUGGACAAUUGAUUGUAGCUUUUGAUUCCAAUAAAACAAAUCCCAUGAAUAACAAUCCAUUAAAAUUAAUUUGUCAAGCGAAAGGCGGUUAUCCUACACCGAAGUUUGAAUGGUUUCAUAAUGGAAAUCUUAUUUCAGCAUCAGGAGAUUUAGAUGAAUUACAGAAUGUCAAUGAAGAAAUACAUUCACAAAAAAUAACUAAAGAUCAGUUUGAAUUGGAAAUUGAUAAAACAAAACUUUCAACUCGAGAUCGUAUUGUGUGCCUAGUCAGUAACAAAGCAACAAUGCGUUCAAAUCACCUAUUUGAACAAAAGCUUAGAGCUGAAGUGAUGAUUGUUAUCCACUCUUUACCAGGUGAUCCAGAAAUUAUUGACUGGGAUAAAUUCACAAAUGAAUCUACAAGCUUACUUGUUGGUUCAACAGUUGAAGUUACAUGUAGAGUGACUCCACCUGGAAAUCCUCCUGGUCAAGUUGUAUGGCGCUUCGAAAAUCCUUAUUCUAAUAUGAACCUAGAUCAGUUAAACGUUUUUAGAAAUGAUUUACAAAUACCAUCAAUAAAGAAUGUUAUUUCUAUUACGAAUGAAAAUGUAAUCAACCAAAUUACAGAUGAAAAAAUUUUGAGCCGACUAAAAAUUACAAAUCUUAAUUCAACAAUGCAUGGUUUAGAUUUAGUGUGUGCUGUUCGACAUCAAGUUGGCCCAGAGAAAACGACAAGGAAACGAAUCUGGAUUCGACAUGGUCCGCAGCAUGUCAAUAUACAUGGUCCUUAUGAAAGAAUAACUGAAGUGAAACAAAAAGUAAAUGUUUAUGAUAAAUUAGAGAGAGCAGAUAAUAAAAGCACAGUGACUACUGUAAAUAAACAAAAGUUGUAUGUUUAUUUAGACAGACCACAAUAUUUAUCAUGUGUUACUGAUGAGUAUUAUGGACAGGUUGAGAUUAAAUGGCGGGGUAAAUUACAUAACAGUGAAAAUUGGGAAGUUAUUACUCCAGUCGAAUCAUUUCCACGUAAUGAACCUGAUGCAUUAAAUAAUUUUAAUAUAAUUCAGGCAUCAAUUAUACAACUGGUUACAACAAAUGAAAAACGAAAUGCUUUAAUGUGGACAGAAAUAGAAUGCAGUGCUUUACCAAGUUAUUUCAGAGAAGAAAAUAAAAAAAUUAUAUCGAACAAGGUCAAUCUGGAAAUGUAUACCAUCCCUCGCAUUCCGACAAUUACGGGAUAUAAGGAAGGCACAUUAUUGGCAGAUGGCACUAUACUAACACUUCACUGCACAGGAGAACAAGGAAAUCCUCCAGGAAAACUAGUUUGGACUCAAGUAUUAAAAGGUACCAAUGAAAGUGAAUUAAUUGAUGAGUCAAAUAUUAUUCAACAAAAUCAAUCGAACAAAUAUCCUGAUGGAAUGAUUUAUUCAAUAUUAAAUAUUAAUCUGACAAAAUCAUAUGAUGGAGCGAUUUUUAGAUGUGGAACUGUGAAUCCUGGUUACGGAUAUUCGGAUGCACAAUUCAGUUUACCAGUAGAAAUUGGUGUAUCCUAUUCAGCAACAGUUUUAAAUAUUAGUGUCAUAAGUGGAACUGGACAAAUGAUAGCACGAUCAAAAUUACGUGAUGAACUUCAAACUAUUUUAAGUUAUUAUAAAUCAAAAUACAAUGUUGGACAUAUUCCAAUAGUCCAAGCAAAAGCUGGUCAUGCACUUAAACUAAUGUGUCAAGUUGAAAUGUCGAAUCCGAAACCUGAACUAGAAUGGCAACUUCAUCAUUGUUCACCUGUUCAAUUUGCAUCAAUUAUGAGAGGAAUCAACGAUACAAUCAACGACAUGAAAUCACAAAAUGAUCCAUAUGAUGCAUUUUUUAAAAGCUGUCAGACUAUUCACUUAACAGGUAGUAAAAUGGAAGAAACGAUAAUUGAGUCAGGCAAACUUCACAUCUUAAAUAGCCAUUUGGAACUUCCUAUGAAUAUAUCACAUGAUGGAGAUUUAAUUGAAUGUUUAAUAAGAAAAUAUCCAAUUGAUUAUACUAACAGUUCUGUUCAUUUACAAUCAUUCGAUAAAUACACAUUGUCUAAACCUUAUUAUCAAAAUACACAUUCACAAGCCCUUACACUUUUAAAUUCACAUAUUUUACUUUCUAUUCAAUUUCCACCGAUAUUUUUAACUUUAGCAAAACAAUUGAAUUGGCCUGUAGAGUUGAAUUCAUCAAAUAAUAAUGAACAAUUUUUGCCACAUUAUAUUGUGGUUGAAGGUGGAUCACUUGAUUUAGAUUUAGAGCCUAUUUCUAAUCCAUCAUUAAGUAAAACAUCAUGGUUUAGAAAUGGCAUACCACUUCCAUUAUCAAAUGAUCCAAUUAAAACAUUGAAUUCAUUCAAAAAUGAAGAAGUUAAUAAAAGUUCUAAAUCAUAUUCUAUUGAAGAUUUAAAUCAACGUUUAAUCGUACAACCAACCAAAUUAUUUAUUCAUCCUGUUAAACGAUCAGAUAUGGCCAAUUACACACUGAUUGUAACUAAUGCUCUAGGGAGUAAAGAAUUUACAUUCUUUUUAAAUGUAACUUAUGGGCCGCAAUUAAUUGGUUCCCCUUCAGUAAAUGUGACAGUUUCUGGUAAAAAGGCUGAAUUAUUUUGUCAAUCGGAAGCUAAUCCCACACCCACGACAAAUGCUGUCCGCUGGAGGCGUUUAACAAACACACUGAUUGGUUAUGAUUCCGCAGAAAAUAUCUACAGAAAUUCAAUCUCCCGAGCAUCUUUUUCUACAAAGAGUCAUACUUCUCAGGCUGAUUCAGCUGCUGGGAUUCAUUGUGAUAAAGGUGAAUGGAAUGUUGGAUUUAAAUAUUAUGCAAAGUGUUGGUCAUCAGCUCCUGGUGUAAUGACUAGUACACUUACAAUAUACGAUUUAAGUCCAAAUGAUGUUGGGCGAUAUCAGUGUAACAUGGAUAAUGGAAUCGGAUCACCAGCUGUUCGUACGAUUGAUCUUACUUAUCCAUUUGCACCAAGAAUAGUACCAGUAACAAGAUGGUCAAGAGCUGCACCCAAUAUAGUUUCAAAUAAGAAUAAAACUAUCAGUGUUACUCAAUCAACUUUAAUUUCUGAUCAACUAAUCUCUAUUGUAAAAGGAGCUCAUGCCAGAUUAACAUGUGUAAUUGCUGCAGAACCUAAUCCAGAAGUAAGUUGGUUAAGAGAACCAGCUAAUUUAACAUUAAUUGAAGGAGGUCAAUUUCAUUCAGUAGUUAAAUCUAUUCGUCCAGGAUUAUAUCAUGCAAUAUUAUAUUUGAUACAACCACAAGAAGUUGAUUUGGGUCGGUACUUUUGUAAAGUAAAAAAUUUAGUUGGCGAAGAUAUUGGUCGUGUGGAUUUAAUACGUCCGACUCAACCUGAUCUUCCAAGUUCACCGCGUCUAUUGAAUGCAACUAGUACAAGUUUAACAGUUUCUUGGACACAAGGAUUUAAUGGUGGUCCAGAACAAAAUUUCUUGUUACAUUGGCAUCCAAAUGAAGACCCAGAUCACCAUGAUAAAGUCAAUAUUAAAGAAGAUCUAGACAAUGAAGUAUUAACCUACACUAUUACUGGUCUUCAAAAAGCUACAACAUAUCGUGUGUCAGUUAGUGCUUAUAAUACAUUAACUACUACAACAUCGUUUACACCCUAUCUUUUGGCUUCUACAACUGCAUUUGAUUCACUGUCAGGAGAGGAAGCAAUGAGGGAUGAAGCCAAAGCCAAAUCAUUAAAAGAUAUUCAAAGAGGACAUUGGGAUUCAAGAUGGCGGUUAGAUUCUAAGAACUCUGGAAACUCCAUAAAUCCGGAUCCUCAAAGACGAUCAGUUCGAUCUGGUCAUGAAUUAAAUUCUCUCGAUGAUAAUGCUUUUGUGAUUAUAAUUGCAGUUUCUGUAUUCGGAUCAUUUAUUUUAAUAGCAAAUUUAUUGGUAAUAUUAAUAUUUACACGAUACAAGCGCCAAAAAAUGAAACAGGAUGAACGUAAACCAUCUGCUGCGGGGGACCUUAUGCAAAUAUACCCAGUAGAAAAUGGUUUCUCAGAAAUACACACAAAUACACAGACCAGUUUUCCAAUGUAUCCAGACGAUAUGCGUUUAAAUGCCAGUUACAUGUUGCAGUCAGUACCACAUGACCAGUAAAACAAACAAAAAUAUUUUGAGCAAGUCAAAUAUAGUGUAGAAACCACUCAGUUUCUCUGGUUAGCGUCUUUUUAGUGAGUUGAUUUUCUACGGAAUGGGGUCACUAACCCCAUGCCCAACCCUUCUCCUUUAUCCAGGCUUGGGACCGACAGUAGCCGCAGAGGUGCUCCAGGCGGAGGUUUUAGUUUUGAUCUUUGCUUAACAUUAUCUGAAAUCAUCGACUAGAUUAUCAUACAAAUCUUAAUGGUGAAAAGGAAAUCACUUGUUAUUAAAUUUAUAGACUUAAAGCUUUAUCGACAGAAAUUGUUCCAUAUUUACAAAGAAAAGAUUUUCAAAGCCAAAUACUUUAAUGUAGAAUAAAUAACUGCUUUAUUUUAAAACAGAAAUAUUUCAAUUCGAAGGUAAUUUUUAAGAAUAAACUUUUCCUUGAUAUUGUCCUUGGGAAUAUUUUAAGUCAUGUUAAAAUCACUGAUAACAGUACUUUGUGUAACCAAGUACUCUAACCGAGUAUCUGAUGAGGUAAAAAUAAAAGUAAGUUAGUGUCAAUUUUUUCUCCAUCGACAUUCGUAAUUUUUAGUCAAUGUUAUCAUUAUCCACCUUUAGUUUUCACCCUUUCAAAAUGGAUGGGAACAAAUACCUUUGAAUAUAUGUCCAGAUCAAACUUCAUCUAUUAUAAGAGGAAAUCAAAUAUUUUCAAGCUCACCUCACUCAAGCAUAAAUGCAAUGAAUAUGCAGAACUUCAACUCUCCAAAUCAUAUAGAAUUUAAUAAUCGACCUUCUAGUGAUAUAUCUAUUCAACCAUCGUCUGUUUUAAUAAAUAAUGCUGAUCAAACUACAGUGGCUUAUUUAAACCCAGAUAAUGGAACGGUAGAAGCGAUUCAAAAUAUUCAAGAUUAUCAUGACUGUUCAGAAUUUAUGCCCCCAGUAUUUCCCAAUAGUUGUUCGUCUCACAAUUACGAUACAGAACAAAAUUUGAGAAAUAUAGAGCGCCCUACACCCACUCACAGACGGCUUGUCACUAUCGGUAGAACUUUGACUGAAAAAAGUAACAGAACUAGGUCACCACAUUCUGGAGCUGCUUCAAGUGUUUCCACUAUCAGGUCGAAUGGAUAUGGAAAUACUAAUAGUUUAGAAAGGAGUCUUUCAACUUUUCAACGAUCUCAUCACUCGAACUUGCUGGGUGACUACAGACAUCUUGGUGUUGGCUUGACGUUACCUAACGGGGGCCUCGGACUAAAUAUAAUGAGUCAGAGUCCCCAUCAAAACGGACAGUUGUUUAUAUCAAACGCGAGGACUUCAGGAAGCUGGAUUCAAAAUGGAAUGACUACAAGUUUUCAUGGAGGUAAUGCUCCGUCAUGGAAGCAUUGUGUCAAUCCUCAUGCAAGCGAUGAAUACACAUCAUCAGAACAACAAGUAGCAAGAAAUUCAUACAAUUCCUUUGGACAACAAUCUGUAUCACAUCUCACGAACAGUUUUCAAUUGCCUGAUGUUCAUGUUUUCAGCAACCGGCAGCAUACACAAACGAACAAGGGUUCCGAGGUUUCAUCAUUACGUUAUUAUCAGGAAUCACCAGCGAGGUAUAUGGCACAAUUGGAAAAUAAUUGGCCACAAUCAAAUCAAAAUAACAAUGACUGCAGAAAUAUGAGCAUAGAGUUUCCGUCAAAUGGAUCGACUAUACCACCGCCAAAUGAUUUUCAAACUACUGGUUCCCAUAUCCCUUACAUACAAGUUAAUAGUUCCACUCCUACCGUCAAUAGACCAUAUUAUCAUAUAACAGAUGAAAAUAAGAAUAUUAUUAACCAAGAAGGUCCUGGUGCAGAUCAUUCACACGCAACUGACCAACGUUUAGGUAUACCCAGAAACGUUUCAGAUAAUAUGAUAACACAUCAAAAUAUGAGCAACUACUCUUCAUAUGGUUGUAUUUUAUAACAAUCCGUAUCCUGUUAUGUUACUUCACUACAAAAUUGUACAGUAAGAUAUUUCUGUGUAUGAACUAAAUUUAUACCUGCUAUAACAUUUAACAGACACUUUAAAGAAGCUGUAAGUCUAUCCAAAUUUAAUCGCUCAUAGAAACUGUACAAAGAAACUGUGAAAAAUCUUUGGUCAAUAGUGACAUUAAACAGAAUCUCAUGUUAUGCACGUGCUUUGAUUUUAUAUUUUUGAAAAUGUAUCAUUUUCCUGAUUGUUCACUGUAAAUUAUGCUAUCUACCAGUACUUUAUGAAAAAACAAAAACAAAUCUUGAAUCACCUUUGUAUUCUGACAUGUUUUAUUGUUAAAUUUGACUUCUUAAACUACGAAAACGUAACUGAUAAGAGAUUUACAAAAUUUCGUGUUAUUUUUUCUUAUCUCUUUGAUUUCAACUUCUUGAUUAACUAUUUUAAGUUCACACAUUUCAAAAUAUUACAUUAACAGAUAGCUUGUCACCACAUAUAUAAAUAUAAAUAAUCCCGGAAUCUUCACUAGUUUA